AUGGCUAACAGCUCUUAUUUGCUAUCUUCGGAUCUUCUUAGAUGCCCUGCCACCUCUCCAUUAGAACACAAUCUUUUUACAACUUCUCGUCACGAAAAUUACAAAAGUUAUCAUUGUUAUUACUGCUCAACAAUAACUACAAACCCUCCCGCUGCUUCAACCCCCUCCACCCUCUUCAUUCCUGCUCUGCAACAAGAUGACUGUCCUUUGCAACAUCCCCCACAUAAUCCUUACCACCAAGAAUCUUCUGCGCCAACCCAAAUGCCUUUAUCAGCAACUUUUUAUAAACCUCUGGACUACGACAGCGACGAAACUUACGACGGACCCUCAGAUAUUGACCAGGACCCAUCCAACAAAGAUAUUCUCUCAUCCUAUAACUUGCGUUCUAGCAAACUUCCACUUCUAUCUUCUGAAUCCCUUUUGGGUAAGCGAACACCAUCAGUACCUUCAUCAGCAGCAGCAGCAGCAUUAUCUUCUUCUUCUUCUUCUUCUUCUUCUUCUUCUUCAAUAAACUUAAAUAACAUCCAGGCUUCUUUUACGGCCCAUUCUUUGUCUGGUUCAGGUGCAAUUGAACCCACUGCCACUACCAUUAAAAGCUCUCCUCCAUCCAGCCACAUCGGCCUUUCAGAUACCCGCCUCAAGCAGCUCCACCCAAUGGACCCUCAACAACUUCAUCUCUUGUCCAUCCACCAACACGCCCAUCUUCAUCAGGGCCUUGCACAGCCUCCACUUCAACCUGCUCGCUUCAAACGCGUCCAUGCUGUAGAUUCAGUAUCUUCUACUUCUUCUACUUCAUCAUCUUCUUCUUCUACUACUGCUUCUUCAACAUCAUCAUCUUCUGCUUCUGCUCCAUCUUCUUCACCAUCUUUCUACUCAAAUACCCCAUCUGCAAUCUACCAUCACAAUCACAAUCACCAAUCUUCAUCCCCUCGUAGAAACACAAAUUUACCAUCUACAAAGACCCGCUCGGUUUGCUCAAUAUACCCAUCCAUCUCUCUAAUAUGCAUCUUCACUGGUUUCCUUUUCUUCUUAUCAAUUACAUCCUUCUUCUACCGCGGCUCCGAGCCCAAAAACUGCCGCAUGUCGUACAUGCGGCCAUCUUACACACACCUCGAAUCCUUCAGCCACCAAAAUUACACUCGCCACUUCUCCAAAUACUCACUCUAUCUCUACCGCGAAAAGGGUAUCGAUGACAUUUUCCCUAACCCAAGAGGUAUCCCGGUUCUCUUCAUUCCAGGAAAUUCGGGCAGCUACCGCCAGGUCCGUGCACUCGCCGCAAAGUCUGCAUCAAAGUUUUAUGACCACGGAAACUCUCCAGCGCACCCACAGUUUGAUUACUACACUGCUGAUUUUAACGAAGAUCUUACAGCCUUCCACGGCCGCUCUUUACUUGACCAGGCAGAGUAUUUAAAUGAUGCCAUCAAGUACAUUCUCUCGCUCUAUCCGCAGCCCGCAUCAGCCUCCGUCCCACCCAAUCCCCAGUCAGUCAUUCUUGUGGCCCACUCCAUGGGCGGGGUCGUUGCACGCGCAAUGUUUUUACUUGACAAUUACCAAAAGGGCUCAGUCAAUACUAUCUUCACCCUUUCGGCUCCUCACACUCUCCCCCCAGCCCCCUUUGACAAAGAUCUAGUUGCAGUCUAUGACCAAGUCAAUGCCUACUGGGAACAGUCUUACUCCCAGGACUUUAUCGGCCGUAACCCUCUGGCUCUUGUCUCUCUUAUUUCCAUCACUGGAGGCUCUCUAGACCAUAUGAUUACCUCCGAGUCUGCAAGUGUCGCAUCCAUUGUCCCACCAUCAAACGGUUUUACCGUCUUUACAAAUAGCAUUCCUAAUGUCUGGUCCAGCAUUGAUCAUCAAGCAAUUGUGUGGUGCGACCAGUUCCGCGACGUGUUUGCAAACGCAAUGAGUGCCAUGUCCGACGUGCGUGUUGCCAGCAAAACCCUGGCUCUGCCAACCCGCAUGAACAUCUUUCGCCAAUAUUUUUUGGGUGGCUUCGAAGUCGGAGCUUCUCCAGAGUAUCUCCAAACUCGCUAUCAUCCGUCUCUUAACAAGGACUCUGUAGAUGGUGAGCAGCAACAGCAGCUACUACAACAGCAACAACAGCAACAACAGCUACAGCAACAACAGCUACAGCAACACCUUCCCCAGCAACAACAGCAACAACAGCCGCAACAGCCGCAACAGGUUCCACAGUCAGUCAAAGAGCAAGCCUUAGAAGAAGCUCCACCAUUGGAUGACCCAGUUGAUGCUGCCUUUACACCACCAGCAAUUGGCGAUUAUGACACGUUACUCUGGAUAGAAGACAUUACCAAGUUUGCCAUCCCGCCAAACCAAAAGCUCGUCAUCAAUAGCCUUGGCGAUGCUGCUGUUGGUGGACGCGCUUAUUUCAUGCCCAUUGUGUCGGACGUUUCCCUCACAAGCCCAAAGACAGGGGGUGGUGUUGGUGGUGUUGGUGGUGGUAAUGGUGGUGUUGGUGGCACAGGUGCCGACUUAGAAUUUACCUUUUUGACCGACAGCACACUGAUUUCUCAUCUACAGGGGGACAAUAAAACCCCCUCAGCUGCUUCAGAUCCGCUCACUGACAAACCUCCCGGAACACUCUCGUCGGGCCUCUACACUCUGGUGUGUAGAUACCCCCAUGCAGAGCCCAGGCACCCAGAUAAAACUCUGACUGUGAUUGACCUAACCAAGCGCAGUCACUCGGCAUUCCAAAUGGCUUUGUCCGAAGAUCCUGACGACCCACGGCUGGUCGGUCUCCUAUGCAAAAAUAUUGCCGGCGAUGCAUCCAUUCUGCCUAACCCGAACCACGUGCCAAUGGCCCAUAUUGACUAUGAAAUUCCACAGCCGGAAAUGGGCCGCAUGUCGUUCAUCAAGUACGACGCCGCGCAGCUCGCAGAUUACGACUUUGUCACAAUUAUAGAUACAAACACGGAGCGUAUCCCUGGCUUUGCGGUUGCCGAAUUCGCGGCCCAUAGUGAGUCGCGAGUCAAUGCAAGAGCCAAUUCAUUAUGGGAGCUUAUAACCCGCGGAGUCUCGGUGGUUCUUCCAUCCUCGCGGCCGUUCAUGGUGGACGUUUCAUUUGAACAAAUGUGGAGCAGCUUGAUUUCAUACACCAUGAAAGUGGAAGAGCACUCAAAACCUUCUCAACAACUGUUCCCACCAUUUAUUCGACAGUACUCGGGUGAAUCUUACGAAUCCAAGUUUUACCUGGGUACUGUGGCAGAUUGGGUACCAAUCAGCAUGACGGGUGUUGCGCCGUUCUCACCCUUUGGUGUCCGUGAGUCCGACUCAGAUUUUGAAACCAAUCUGUUUUACUAUGGCCAACAGAGUCACUACUAUCAUAACUUGCACCUCCAGCUUUGGACCGACGCGUCGUUUGGCGAUUCGGCUUAUUAUACUACCCCAAUCAAGAACCAAGAAUCGUCUACGGUCCGCAUCACGCUCCGCAUUGAUUGGUUCGGCAGCAUGGGCAACCUCGUCAUGCACUAUCGCAUCGCCCUCGUUGCCUUCUCCAUUGCUAUCAUGGCCUUUGUCCUACUUAUUCAGUUUUACAUCUACAACAAGCACGGCCUUUUUAUAUCCGUUCCACAGGCCCUUCACAUCUUGGUCCACCGGUACCUCCUGUACCUCUGUGCCGCCACUCUCAUUCUGCCCUACGUGCCAUCGGUCACGCUCUUUCGCGACAUUUUGUAUUUCCUCGAACCAGGAAUGGACGUGUACUCGGGCGACGGCCCUGCAUCCAUCUUUACAAAUAUCCGUCGCAACCAAUUUUUCCUUGGCCUUGAACCAGGCCAUUUACUCUUUCUGGGACCAGUGUUUAUAUGCGCAGGCAUCGGCCUUGUUGCCGUUACUUUCUAUGUCCUAUACACCGUUGUGGCCACCGCUUCGAUUGUCCCAGACACUUGGUCUGCUAUUAAAAAUGGUCUUUGGACAGGUACAGCAGUGCUCAUUAAUAAAGCACGUAGUUGGGCAGAAACCCCUCGCAACCCGCCGUCUGCAAUCACCACGACGGCUCCAACUUCUAACGACGACAAUGUCAAGCCUGCGCUUACAUGUUCUGGCGUUUCUUUACUGCACCGCAAACGUGGUGCAAUCCGCAACAAUAUCCCGCCCGUUGAGACCACCACGGUAGUCGCUACUGCUGCCGUUUGCGACCACCCGCCAUUGUCCAACCAGAUUCAAAACGAAACGUGGACCAGUACAAGGUUUAAAACAGCGCGGCGGGCAGUCGUGACUACAUUUUUGUUUGUUGCAGUCGCAUACACAGUUCCAUGUGAGUUUGCGUACCUGGUGGCAUGCUUUGCACAACUGGCAACAGCAGUCAAGGCUCAUUUUAGACGUCGAGCAGGCCAUGCCCAUGUUGUGCCGUCGUCUGGCGGUCCAGGGACCCCAAUCACAUGCUUUUUCAACUUUGCAAUGGCCGUGCUGGUACUCAUGGUCUGGAUCAUCCCCAUAACCGCGCCCAUUCUCGUGGUCUGGGGCCGCAAGUUAUCAGCACACUGGAACGAAGCGUUUGCAUCCCAUCACAACUUGUUGGCUAUUGGGCCUACACUGUUUUUUGUCGAAACAGUGGCCUCCGGGACCAUGGUCCCCCGAGCAGAAGCUGCCGCGCUACAAGGUGUCACGUACUUGUCCUUAGCUUACCUAGCUUUCCAUGCUAUUGUCAUGGGCGUUCCGCGCACUUAUAUGCUCUACCACUUGGUCAACAUACUGUCGGGCUGGUUUCUGGUUGGAUGCGUGAUUACAGCGUUAUGUCAGAGCCAUCGCAAAACCACUGACACUGGGGGGGAAGGAUCAAACACAAACAACACUGUCGAAGAUUCUGGGAAGCCACAAGGUGAUGAUGUAGAGCCCGAGAUGGAGGAGUGUCAGGGUGACGAUAGCAAACAUUAUCACGCACACACAAGCAGUGUGAGUAGCGUGAGCAGUCUGGGCAGUAGUUCCGGGCAGCAGAUGCCGUUGGCGCGCGCCGGGAGCGCAGCUGUGGCGGCGACAACGGUGGCGACGACUGCGGCGACGGCUGCUACGGCUAUGGCAACAACAACAACAACUACAACGCUGCAUGCAGAGAUUUCCAUUCCAUGA